UUUUGCUGUGGAAACCAUGAGGGUAAACUGUUACCUGCGGACAGUAACUGUCGCUUUGUUUCUGACGUCAGCACAAGCUUCUUGUCCUCAUGAAGAUCCGGCAUUGUUGAAAUGGAGCGAGCCGUCUACAUGGCCAAAUAAUCAAGUUCCUUCGCUUGGUGACGAUGUUUACGUCUCUGGUGACGUGUUGCUCGAUGUGUCGCCUCCGGAACUGAGAAGCGUGAACGUGGAGGCUGGUGCAACUCUCGUCUGGAGUCCAAAUGGGGAUUAUCACGUGACUACGAAAUUCAUCCACGUCAAAGGCGCCUUCCAUAUUGGAUCCGAGACUUGUCCAUUUGAAGCAAACGCUCGAAUAACUUUAACAGGCGACCGUAAGGAAUAUUCAAUGCCAAAUUUCGGUGCGAAGUUUAUUGGGGUUGACAAUGGAGCCACCUUAGAGAUUCACGGCAGGAAGAAGCUUGGAUGGACUAAAUUAGAGCAAACAGUUCCUCGUCUUAAUAAAACCAACGGCUUAGUGUAUACCAGUCUCGAUGUAGGAAGAAGACAAAAUCGGGAGGGACUUGGUAUGUAUGUAUUCAACCCUGACGGAACGUUGUUCAGACUUGAAAUCCUCUCUACAAGUAGCAAGAUGAUAGGUGACGCUGAUUUAAUCAUCAACAAGGUCAUCAAUUUUUUGACAGGAACUCCCGAUGGCAAAGUGAUCCUGAUAGCGGUUCAGCAUACACUAGUGACCAGGCCCCAGACCCAUGAUCUGUCAAAGAUCUUUGACGCUAUAGAAACAGUCGCAGGCAUUGCUAAUGGUGACAGUAAGAUACGAGAUGUAGGACCACUCGACGCUUACGCACUGGCUACUGUAAUGGGUGAUCCAAGUUCUACUUGUGAGUCAAUGUCUCAUAUGAGUCACCUUAAACAGACUGCCACAGCUUCUGUGAACGUUGGUGAUCUAACCAUGAUAGCUACCAGUAGGACAAAAGCAAUUUCAGCGAAAUGGAACGACUUAAUUGAGUUUCAAGUUGUGGAGAAAAGUGCAAGCUCUAUUAUCUUAAAUUUAAUUGAUGACGUCACCACGUGGAAGGAAGGUGAUCGACUGCUGUUGACUUCGACUGAUUACGACAUGGAAAAGGCUGAGGAGACUACAGUUCUCGGUUGUAACGAAUGUACAGACAAACAGGUUAAAGUGUCACUUCUGCCUAAAUUUAUGCAUUUUGGUGAAAUCGACACCAAUAUUGACAUGAGAGGAGAGGUGGCGCUUCUGUCGAGGAAUAUCAUCAUAGAGGGCGCUGUAAAUAGCUUCUGUCCAAGUGUAAACGAAAACUGCAAAACAUACAACUACGACACAUUUGGUGGUCAUAUCAAGGCAAUUAAAGGUUUUGUGAAUAUGCAUAUAGAAGGAGCUGAAUUACGUAACAUGGGGAAACAGACCGACCUCGGGAAUUAUCCAAUCCACUUCCACAUGUGUGAAGACGUUGACGGGGACGAUUACCCCAAUCCACCAUAUAUCAGAGAAAAUGCGAUCCACCAUACAUUUGCCAGAUGUUUAACAAUCCAUGGAACACAUGGAGUGAUGGUAAUGGACAACGUUGCUUACGAGUCGAUAGGGCAUUGCUACUUCCUUGAAGAUGGCGGAGAAAAGAGAACAGUCUUCGAUGGCAAUUUGGGUGCAAACACUCGUCCUGGCAGUCUUAUACCAUUGGAUAGACGGCCAACCACCUUCUGGAUAACUAAUCCUCAGACAACCUUCAGAAAUAACGUUGCGGCGGGAAGUAUGGGUCUAGGGAUUUGGUUUAUCUUUCCUGAUCUACCUCUCGGUCCGUCAGCAGACAAAGGCUUUAUGAAGAUGUUUGAAGCGCGUUAUACGGCAAUCACCGAGUUUACCAAUAAUGUGGCACAUUCAAACAAGAAUGGUCUCUUCAUUGAUGACCGGAUAGAUUUAGUCACGGAGGAGAUCGAUUCCUGUAACAGAUAUGAACCGAAGGAAGACCCCUCUGAUCGGUCAUCUGCGGACAAGAAUGUCAUAAUUGACCGCCUUACUGCAUAUAACAACAGAGAUAAUGCUUGGCUAAGAGGAGGUUACAUCACGCUCUCGAAAGCAUCGUUGGGAGGCAGCUUGACAUCCAUGCUUUUUGCAAGGAACUCAAGGCAAGAACAAUUCAUGGAAAAAAGUGUAAUCGUUGGUGAAACUAGAAAUACUGGUGAUCCGACACGAGCGAACGGGAAAGAUGGUUGGAAGAAUUUCCCUCGAUCUAUACCAAAUACUAAUAACUACAAUUUUCCUUUACAAGGAUUUGGUUUCUAUGAUGGCCCUGUUUUCAUAUCCGAUUCCUUUUUCGACAAAUAUACCGACAACGAGGUCCGCAAAGCUGGGGCAAUCGGCUUCAAACGAUUUAAUUCAGCUUCCAGCUCCACUUUGAGCGGAGCAGCAAAUAUUCACUUCGGAUUUCCAGAUGGGCUGUCAGGAAACCGAGCCUAUGAUGGAAACAGCAGUGUGUUUGGUUUCGGUGACCUUGACGGUGACCUUGCUGCCACAUUUAGAGACAAUGACGGCUCUGUAACUACGAUACCCGGAAGUACUGUUGUGAAACCCUUCUCAUUCGUGACAACGCCUGAUUGUAUUAUGAAGUCAGCAUGGAACCUGAUGAUAUGUCCUUAUAAAUACAUGACGCUUCGUUGCCAGGAUACAUCGCCGGCUAAAACAGACAUGAGGGUGAUCUUUAUUCGAGAUGAUCUUCCAGACUCUCCUUGGCAUUCGACUGAAUCCCAUUUCCGUGCAUAUCCAUUGAUAGGUGGAGGAAAAUACAGUUACUCUAUAUACUGGCCGGAAAAGGCGCCAUCUGAGUUCAUGCUUAUCCCUAAGGAUCUGGAAAAAGGGCACCCUGUUCGGGUCGGUGUGUGUCUGCCACUUGACGCCACAAUCAAUCUGAAGUCAUGGUAUCCGAAGAGAGCGGUAGGUUUAAGUCAGUGGACGGAAGUGGACAGUGUCCAGGACAUUGAUGACGAUACCGUGGGUGGUCAAUAUUACCGUAAUAGAACAUCCGGAAUGCUUUAUGUGAAACUAUUUACAAAUGAAGUAAGGAAGGAAGGAGACACCAAUCCAUGCGCUGGAAACAAAUGUAUGGUUAUAAAAGUAUAUGUAAAUGCAACAGACAUGAGCACCGACCAUUGCAGAGAGAGGGACAUACCCACUCCACCAGCAAAGCGGUCGGUAUCCACGAAGAGGGGAACUGAUAAUCUGUCAUUUGAUACAUACUACAACGGACCAGAACCGGACUGGGGAGCAGGCUCUACCGUUCCUUUUACCAGUAGAGAUGCUAUUGAUGGGGGAUAUGGUACCUGGAGUCAGUGGGGAAGUUGUAGAACAGACCUGACGUCUGUGAGGACCCGGACAUGUAAUGAUCCUAUUCCGAGGAAUGGAGGGGCUAGUUGUUCCGGUCCUAGGACGGAGACCAUGGAUUGUGCACCUCAGUCUCCUCAACCUCCUACUGAUGAACACAAUGUGAUGCCAGUUGUUCCGGGAGGACUUGUGGACGGCGACCUUCAGCUCUGAACAGAUUUAACUGGAUUUCUUAAAACAAUUUAAUUUUCUUUUCUUUAUGAUACAUCAAUGGUGUGUUAUCCUAUAAUAUGUAUUUAGCAGUCUGUAUAAAAUAAAAUAUUGUACCUUCUACAAAUAGUUAACUUAAAA